CCGCCACCCGGCCCUUUACGAUAACAUCAGCGGGGCAUGGAGGACGCCGGUCUAAAACGGAAGCAGAAUGAACCGCCUGUCCAUCCUGCUACAUCCAACCAGAGAUACACGCAACAGCCGAUACAGGACGCCGCGCGGCAGCGUAGGUACGCAGCAUCGACGUCGACCGAUAGGUAUCGGUCCACACCGCUCAACUCUUCGACCACGGGCACGGCUCGGGGCAUCGGCGGCUCGGCUGGUUACAGCGGAUACUACCAGGAUUCCACAGCUGGCGCAUUUCAAACGGCCGCGGCCAUACCACAAUCAUCCAUCUCGUCGUACCACCGGUCCACUACGGACUACAGCCAGAAUGGACGACAAACACAAAGCUUCACGGGCUACAACCCGGCAAACAUAAUGUACAAUAUCCAAUCAGGGGCCCAAAACUCUGCCGUCUAA